AUGAGGGCCGUUACCAUUGCCGCUGCUGGUGCAGCAGUUAUCACCACCGUUUCCGCCGCUGGUCAUGUCAAGCACGUGCAUGCGAAACUUCACGGAAACGUCGCUCGCGACACCUGGGUCGACUGGAAUGCGACCACUUCUUCGACUUCGUUGGUUGUAGACCCCCUCACAACCACCACAUCAAGCAACGUUAUUACCACCACCACGACUAUGACCUGGGAAGAUUGGACCAGCAGCACCAGCAGUAGCACCCCCGUAGAUCCAGCCAGCACCUCGAGCAGCAGCUCUGGCAGCACAACGUCUCCCGUGACCUGGGGAGAUUGGACGAGCACCACUUCCUCUACGGUUGAAGAUCCUGCUGCCACGACCGGCACAACGUCCACCCACGUCUGGGCCGACUGGACUUCCACCUCAUCCACCGUUGAAGACCCUAGUACCGCCACCAGCACGGAGACCGUAAACGGGGGUGAUUGGGCCACAACGUCGUCCACCGUCGAGGAUCCGGCUGCUACCACUAGUGCCGAACACACCUGGGCCGAUUGGACCAGCGUCUCUUCCGUUGUCGAGGAUCCUGCCGCUACCACCAGUGUCGAACACACCUGGGCCGACUGGACCAGCGUCUCUUCCGUUGUUGAGGAUCCUGCUGCCACGACCAGCGUUGAACACACCUGGGUUGACUGGAGCAGCGACCCAGUCGAUCCGGCCACCAUCACCGCCACCAGCACCGAGACCGUUAGCUGGGGGGAUUGGACGACUCCUGCUGAUCCUGCGACCACUUCCAGCGAGUCAGCUACCGAAACUUGGGGCGACUGGACCUCAGUAGAGGAGACCACCACCAUCACCUUGGAGUCAACCAUCACCACCACCAAGUACGUUGAGCCUGUCACCACCGGCUCCACCACCUGGGCUGAUUGGACCUCAAUUUCCUCUUCCGCUGUGGUAACCAGCGUGAUCACUUCGACCAUUACGCCUGGCUGGUCAUCUGGAGGUUGGUUCGGACCUUCCUGGACUGUGGAUCCCGGCAGCUGUGCCGUCUCCGUCAUCACUUCUUAUGGCUUCCCAACUUGGUAUCCCACCCCUGCCGGCCCCGCAACCACCUCGAGCACUUCCUCCUCGUCUUCUUCUACCUCUUCUAGCAAGGGCUGGGGUGACUGGACAACGAGCACCUCUACAACUCCCGCGGCGGCGGCGACAACAACAUCUAGUUCUAGCACCACCUCGGUCAUGGCUUGGGGCGAUUGGACUACAACCACUACCACGACCACCACGACCACCACGACAACUACCCCUACACCUGUCGACCUCACCACCACGGGAACUUGGGCGGAUUGGUCUUCUGAAACGAUUGUUGCCACGACGAGUACCGAAGCUUCAUGGUCAUGGUCUAUUUCCAGCGGCUCUUCUUCCGCCUCCAGCUCGAGCUCUUAUCCAACGCCCAGUGGUGGCAGCCCCGGAAUCACGGCCAAUGGUGACUCGUGGGGCAUGACCUAUUCUCCGUAUACGGCCGAGGGUGGUUGCAAAGACGCCGGUACCGUGGCUGCUGACCUGGCUGUCAUCGCCCAGAAGGGAUUCUCCUCCGUCCGUGUGUACAGCACUGACUGCAGCACUCUGGAGAACAUUGGAUCCUCUGCCCGCGACAACGGUCUGAAGCUCAUUUUGGGUGUCUGGAUCUCGUCUUCUGGAAUUAGCGCUGCCCAGGGCCAGGUCGACGACAUUGUUGCGUGGGCACAGUGGGAUCUCGUUGAAUUGAUUGUUGUCGGCAACGAGGCCGUUUUCAAUGGCUACUGCUCCGCUUCUGAGCUGGCUGGAUUUGUGUCGAGCAGUGCUGCUGCUUUCAAGGCUGCCGGUUACACCGGCCUCGUCACCUUGACCGAGCCUCUGUCUGUGUGGGAAGAUUCGGGCAGCUCUUCGUCAUUCUGCAGCGUCGUCGAUGUUGUUGGCGCCAACUUGUAUGCAUUCUUCAACUCGGCUGUGACUGCCGACAAAGCUGGGUCUUUCAUCCAAGACCAGAUCAACAUACUCAACGGCGUCUGUUCGGGCAAGCCCGUGUAUGUUCUGGAGUCUGGAUGGCCUCACGCGGGUAAUUGCAACGGUGCCGCGUGCCCCAGCCCGCAGAACCAAGUCACUGCCCUCAAGGGCAUUCAGUCCACCGUUGGUGCUCAGGUCGUUUUCUUAAGCUUCGAGGAUGAGCCAUGGAAGGAGCCAGGUCAAUUCGGUGUUGAGCAAUACUGGGGAUGCGCGGAUGUCUUCUGA